GUCGAUCACUUGAAAGAGCAAAGCCACUUCAAACAACCUUGUGAAAGAACGAACAAGAAUGUCUUUCUUGCUAAGACUAUCAGCCUUUGCCAUGUUUCUUUUGAAUGUCGCGGACUACAGCUCUUGCCAUUCGGCUUACCCUCCAAACUACGACAGGGAAAAAGGUCUUCUUUUUGACUUUUAUCCUGCUCAAAAGCUUAACCUUCCAAAAGGAGCAAUGAAGAAAACCAAGUAUGUUGCUGAUAACAUGGACUGCGUGUUCGAAUGCAUGGGUGUCCAUUGGUGCCGUUCAACCAAUUUUAAAAUCGCUCCUCGAUCUAACGGUCUCCACGCCUGUCAACUGAUUUCAUCUGAACACUUCGCUGGGAAAGAGUACAUGGAACCAAGUAAAGCGUACAACCAUUAUAGCGUUAAGAAUCCAUGUCAAGAAAAACCCUGUCGUAAUGGYGGCAAGUGCAUUUUACAGGAGAACAGGCAGCAUUCUCACUGCGAAUGCAAGAAGGGAUUUGGAGGAGAAAACUGCGAAAAAGCCGCUAAAAACUGCGCCGAAGUACUUCAAAAUGGUUAUAAGCAAAGUGGAGAGUACGAUGUGUAUCCCGACGAUGGCGGGGGUUUCAAGGUUUACUGUGACCAGCAGACUGCAGGGGGAGGAUGGACAGUCUUCCAGAGAAGAAAAGAUGGUUCGGUGGACUUUUACCGAGGAUGGGUCGACUAUAAGAAUGGUUUUGGAGAUCUUAAUGGCGAGUUCUGGCUUGGCCUCGAUAAGAUCCACCGACUGACCCAAGCAAAACGAAACCGUCUUCGUGUUGAGGUUGGAGAUGUGCAAGGAAAUAGCGCGUAUGCCGAGUACGAUUUAUUUGAUGUGACCAGUGAACGAAGCAAUUACAMGUUAAGUCUUGGAACUUACUCAGGUACUGCAGGUGAUUCCCUGUCCUACCAUCGUAAUAUGGCCUUCAGUACCAAAGAUCGUGACAAUGAGAAGAGGGGUGGUAACUGUGCAGUGAGACAUAGUGGUGCCUGGUGGUAUAACGGCUGCCAUCAUUCCAACCUUAAUGGUCAGUACAMGUACARCGGUACCAUUUCAAACAGUGGCGUGACCUGGUUGUACUGGAAAAACAGCCAUUAUUCCCUUGCAAGAGCUGAAAUGAAGAUGAGACCGCAAAAGAAAUGAGCCAAUGACGUAAUCAUGUAUGGUAACAACCGCAAAGGACAUAAAUAUAGAUAGGUAAAAUAGCAUCAGUUCAAUUUAUUGACCGUAAGAAUAAGCUUUAGACAAUUAAAAACGAUUGCAUUCAGCCUGGAUGUUACUGGACUCUUCGUUU